AUGGAUGCAGCCAGUGAGGGAAAGAAACUUGGUAUUGAAGAUCAAAGACGAAUUAUUCACUCACUGAAAGUCGGAUUGGCCACAACUUUAGCUUCACUCUUCUAUUACUUUAAUCCUAUGUACCAAGGUUUUGGCGUUAAUGCAAUGUGGGCAGUUAUCACUGUUGUUGUCGUCUUCGAAUUUUCUGAGCGACGCUUGGAUGAGGCUCACCAGGCGUUGGAGCACAUCGCUUCUGCAGCAACAUUUGUUCGAUUUUAUCCCAAACUUAAGACAAGUUAUGAUUAUGGAUUUCUCGUAUUCAUCUUGACACUUUGCUUAAUAUGUGUCUCCGGGUACCGGGAUGAUGAGGUUUUAGAAGUAUGUCUCGGGUUCAUCUCGACACUUUGCUUAAUAUGUGGCUCCUGGGACCGGGAUGAUGAGGUGUUAGACAUGACACAUAAGAGGUUGUCCACAAUCCUCAUCAGUGGCGGUCUGCAUUGUCAUAUGCCCAGUAUGGGCCGGUGA